AUGCCGAGGCCAGCUGACAAGACGACAGUAGCUCUGAAAAAGAUCCGAGUAGAAGGCGAUGAUGAAGGAGUUCCGAGCACGAGCAUUCGAGAAAUCGCGCUUUUGAAAGAGUUGAAACAUGAAAACAUCGUGAAACUAAUCGACGUCUCGCUGGACGAAGAACAACUGUUUCUUAUUUUCGAGUUUCUCUCUUGCGAUUUAAAAAACUACCUCGACAAGCAAAGACGAGCGAAGAAAAGGCUAGACCAAGUGACGGUAAAGUCCUACACCUUCCAAAUUCUUCAGGCACUGUCGUUUUGUCAUUCGAGAAGAGUACUCCACCGAGAUCUCAAACCUCAAAAUUUGCUGAUUUCGCCGGAGACGGGAAUUCUCAAACUCGCUGAUUUCGGCCUCGGUCGCGCAUUCAACAUCCCACUCCGAGUCUACACUCACGAAGUCGUCACACUUUGGUACCGAGCGCCAGAAGUGCUUCUCGGCUGUUUGAGAUACUCGAUUCCGAUUGACAUGUGGGCAGUAGGAGCUAUUUUCGCGGAGAUAGCGACGCUGAGAGCACUGUUUGCCGGAGACUCCGAGAUUGAUCAGUUAUACAGGAUCUUCAGGAUUCUAGGAACACCCUCGAACAGGGUUUGGAAGGGCGUAGAAAGCUUCAAGGACUGGAAGGAGGGCUUCCCCAAGUGGGAAGGCAGCGGAAUCCCUUUUGACGAGAACUGGCCCAUCUGCGAGCAAGGAAAAGACCUUCUUCGCAAGUUCCUGAUUUACGAUCCAGCGAGCCGACUCAGCGCUAAAGCUGCGCUCAACCACCCCUACUUUCAAAACUUCGAGCCGCCGUACAAAUCGAAAAUCAUGAAGAACGUAACGAAUAUUCACUGA